GGGACAUCCACGACAUCCCUCUGCUUAGAAGACAUUCACUCAGCAAGCCCAUAACACCUUUACUAUUGCUUUUCUCUGCGGAGACUGAUCAACCUGCAACAGGCCCCUUGAGCUGUGCAUAGGUACACCUAGACCAUCAACGUCACCCAGAACUGCUACGAGUCUUUCCUUCCACGUAAACGAAACUCCGAGACCACUACGAUCGCUUGAACGCUCCUUUCUUCAGUGCUGUACCAGGAAGAACCUCAUCAAGAGGCGGACUACACAAUAUCGAUGGUGGGACAUAUCUGCAUCUAGCCGGUAGCCGGCACGCCGGUAGGACCGUCGGUCAGCGGUGCCUGUCUUGCUCUUCUUCCUGCUCAGCCAACGUUAUGGCGGAGACAGCCCGGAACCCGGUAACCCUUGAGGCUGGGACUUCGAGCAUGUCACAUAGCAGCGCACAUUUCGACACCACUUUACCCAAUGGCAGGGUCAAUGGCGGUCCGGGACCGGCCAUGGAGACAAUGGACUCUUCGCACGAAGCGUUGACGAACGGAAACGGCCGAUCGGCGAGCGCCACUCCGAGAGACACAUCACCCGACAAGCUGACACCAUCCGCUGCGGCCGCGAAAGCUCCUGGGCUAUUAAAGAAGCCACUAGGUUCUGGCUUGAACCUCGCAAGUACACGAACGAGCGAGCAAGCACCAAGUGGGAAAGAUGCAGCGGAGUCGGAUAGUGCAGUCAACGGCAUCGGGACACCUACAGCAGGAAGAAAGAGUGUACAAUUUUCGAGAGAUACCCAAGAGAUUGGUCACCAUACCAGCGGUCAAAGCACGCCACCGGUUACCAAUGGAGACAGUUCAGAUCAGGAGAAGCCCCAAUCGUUGUAUGCUAGGCUAAGGGCGUUGGCGAUUCCACAGGGUUUCAAUCACAGUCGGACUGCAAGUGCUCUGUCGCUGAGUGCGCGUUCUAUGGACGGCAGGGAAUACGAGGGCCAAUUGUCCGGUCAAUCGACUCGCAAUGAGCCAGGGCUAGCUGCAACCUUGGAGGAGGAUAGUGGUGUUGAAGCCGAUGCAGACGCAGACGCAGAGGAAAGUGCAACAGAAAAUUUUGGCAAUCGACCAAUGACUCGAAAGCGACGCCGCAGGAUGCGUCAUUUGGGUGAGAUCGAGACUGCACCCUCGUCACCACAUAGUCUCAUGCGCGCUGGAUUUUCAAGUGCUCCUCUAAACUCUGACAGUGAUCGAUAUCCCCAAACGCUUGCGAGGAGAGCCACCGAUACAGAUCUUGCUCCUGAACACCAGGGCAUGUCCGAAGACGAAGGACGGAAGCAAUUAGCGAUUGGCAGUGGCUGGACGCCUCGGCACCCUCUACGCGGGCUCAGUCAUGGAGGACAGAGGAAACCUAGUGAGGCCUCGCCUGACGCUCAUCGAAGGCCGUUGACAUUGUUGAGCUUCGCCAAUGUCAGCUCCACCCGGGAAGGGGGUGGGAGCGAAGGCCAGACACCCAAGACACCGUCUCGGCGGAAACUGAUGACAGAACGUGGUUCGACAUUGAGUGCCCAGAAAUGGAGGCAAUUAAAGAAUAGUCUUCGCCUUCUCGGCCAGAGCAAGAAGAAGGAACGCACACCUGAUCACGAGAAGUCUGCCGAACUCCUAGCAGAACUUGCCGCCGGAACUCCUGCUGCGCUCAUGCUUGCGAGUAUGUUUCAAAGGGACGAGCACGAUCACCGCAGAAUACCCGUGCUCCUCGAACAGCUCAAAGUGCAGAUCACAGAUAGCGAGGUUGCUAGUUACAAAGAGACAGGAGACAAAGCGACGGAUCGGCACCUGAUCUUCAGAAUCGAACUGGAGUACGGGAACGGCAUCAACAGAAUGAAGUGGGUUGUGAGACGUUCUCUAGGUGAUUUUGUGAAUUUGCAUGUGAAGUACAAGCUGCACUACAGUUCUGAAAAGCUCAGAGGCCGAGGUGAUCAAACCACAAAAUUGCCAAAAUUCCCUCGGAGUGCAUUCCCAUACGCAAAGACCUUCCGAGGCCUGGACGAUGAAGAGGAAGAAGAUGAAGAUAAUGCCAACGAAAACGACGCUGGCACUGGGACAGAUACCGAGAGGCCAGGCACAAGGCCACAGCUCCGUCCCGGAUUGAUCUCAAGUCGACGUAAGUCAAGUAUAGCCGGUCUCCCAGAUACUCCUGGUGGCGCUCAACGAGACAUCCGGUUCGCCAACCGACAACGCAGGAAACUGGAACAGUAUCUGCAAAAAAUGCUCAACUUCAUGCUCUUCCGUCCGGAGAGCAAUCGACUCUGCAAAUUCCUAGAGAUUUCGGCGCUCGGAAUGCGACUUGCCUCAGAAGGAAGCUACCAUGGCAAAGAAGGCUUCCUUCUGAUACGUUCUGCCAAAGGCCUCGAUUUCAGAAAAGCAUUGACACCCCACAAUGUUGUGCGUCGGCACGCCCCGAAAUGGUUCUUGGUCCGGCAUAGCUAUGUUGUUUGCGUAGAUUCACCAGAGGAGAUGCAUAUCUACGAUGUGUUUCUUUUCGAUUCAGACUUUCGCAUACAGUCGACCAAGCCGAGAUCGGGAGAACAGCGAGGAGCCAAGGAAUUGGCUGAGGCUGCCAGAGAAUCUGCAAGACAUCCCCAGCACCAUCGACUGAAGCUGGUAAAUUCGGAGAGGAAACUCAAACUUCUGGCCAGGAAUGAUAAACAACUGCAUCAAUUUGAGGAGUCCAUCCGUAAGAUGAUUGACAUUUCGCCUUGGGCCAAGAACAACCGCUUCGACAGCUUCGCACCAGUAAGACCAAACUGCUUUGCUCAAUGGCUGGUAGAUGGAAGAGAUCAUAUGUGGGUUGUUUCCAGAGCUCUCAAUCAAGCCAAGGAUGUGAUCUACAUUCAUGACUGGUGGCUGAGUCCUGAGCUCUACAUGAGACGUCCUCCGGCUAUUAGCCAGAAAUGGCGUCUCGAUCGAUUACUGAAGAGAAAGGCCGAGGAAGGCGUCAAGAUCUUCGUCAUCGUCUAUCGAAACAUUGAGUCGGCUAUUCCAAUCGACUCGCAGUACACCAAGUUUUCUCUCCUCGACCUACACCCGAAUGUCUUCGUACAACGAUCACCCAACCAAUUUCGACAAAACACCUUCUUCUGGGCACAUCACGAAAAGUUGUGCAUCGUUGACCACACUCUCGCUUUUGUUGGUGGCAUUGAUUUGUGUUUUGGCAGAUGGGAUACUCCUCAGCACACGCUCGUUGACGACAAACCUACGGGGUUUGAACUAGGUGAUCAUCCUAAGGAUGCUGAUCACUGUCAAUUGUGGCCGGGCAAGGAUUAUUCCAAUCCACGUGUUCAGGACUUUUAUGCGCUCAACAAGCCCUAUGAAGAGAUGUAUGAUCGCUCCAGGAUUGCUAGAAUGCCUUGGCACGAUAUAUCCAUGCAAGUUGUCGGCCAACCUGCGCGAGAUCUGACCCGUCAUUUCGUCCAGAGGUGGAACUACAUCCUGAGACAGCGGAAACCUACGCGACCAACGCCGUUCCUCCUACCUCCUCCAGACUUCAAUGCUGCCGAAUUGGAAGCGCUUGGCCUUGACGGUACAUGCGAGGUCCAGAUACUUCGCUCUGCUGGACCCUGGUCGAUGGGUACCCCCGACAAGACCGAACACAGUAUCAUGAAUGCUUACGUCAAGCUUAUCGAGGAGUCCGAGCAUUUUGUCUACAUGGAAAAUCAGUUCUUUAUCUCGAGCUGCGAGACAGAAAGUACAAUCGUCCACAAUAAGAUCGGCGACGCUCUUGUUGAGCGUAUUACUCGGGCUUCCAAGAAUGAUGAAGCAUGGAAAGCUGUUAUUAUUAUUCCUCUCAUUCCUGGCUUCCAGAAUACUGUUGAACAAGAAGGGGGCACGAGUGUACGAUUGAUUAUGCAGUAUCAAUAUCGCAGCAUCUGCCGUGGAGACUCAUCAAUCUUUGGUCGCUUGAAAGCCAUUGGGAUUGAGCCAGAAGACUAUAUUCAGUUCUACAGCUUGCGUCAAUGGGGUCGCCUCGGCCCUAGACAAACGCUGGUCACCGAACAGCUAUACAUUCACGCUAAAUGUAUGAUCGUGGACGACAGAGUCGCUCUGAUCGGCUCUGCGAACAUCAACGAGCGGUCAAUGCUCGGUAAUCGCGACUCAGAAUGUGCGUCGGUUGUUCGAGACACCGACAUGGUUUGGUCAAAGAUGAACGGCCAGCCAUAUCAGGUUGGCCGAUUUCCUCACACCCUUCGGUUGCGAUUGAUGCGCGAACAUCUCGGCCUCGACGUGGACAAGAUCAUGGAAGAAGCACAAGCCAUGGAAGCAGAACACCAUAAAUUUGAGGAUUCUGGAAACUCCGCGCGGCCCCAGUCCCCUAGCGAUACACUCCAUAGUCCAGGGUCAGAGCAGUACGACGUGUUAGGUCCCCUUGAUAGCACUAUCCAGGUGCGCGAAAUGCGAGAAGAAUUACUGCAACGAUCCGAAGAGCUGAUGAGUUUCAACCACGAUGUGGACUGGGAGCAAGCGGACAACCCUAAUCUCAAGGCCAAUCGGAAACUGACAGAAGACUCGCGCGUGACCGGGAAUGCUCAGCACAGACAGGACGUCGAUGGACGCGGUUUCGAUCACAUGGAAGACCAUAAUGCUGACGGCUCCGGCCUAGGCAGAGAUACCGUGUUGGUCAAAGGCAACAAGGAAGUCUUGAUAUCGAACCUCGACGCAGAAGGCAAGACCACUCUCCAACGCCCAAGGAUGCAUGGUGAAGAACUUCGCCUCCCAUCAUAUGUGGCCAAAUUGGAAGCACCUGAGCCACCACUCCCUCCCAGGCCAUCAGUGGCGCGAAUGAAUACUGAAGAACUCGGUCUGCCCAUGUUGUCGCAAUUGCCUGCGCUGCCGCAAGAGGAUGAUUCUGAUAUCGGCGGGCCUCCGCUCGUGAAGACGACCUCGAGAGACUCGGUUCGCGGUCACCAUCCCCUAAUGAACGAGCUAAAGCGGCCGCUUGUCGAUCGUGACUGCAUGCUGGAUCCUAUUCAUGACGCUUUCUUGUACGAUACAUGGCACGCCGUUGCGGAGAACAACACCAAGAUCUAUCGCAGCGUCUUCCGGUGUAUGCCUGACAACCAAGUUCGGAAUUGGGAUGAUUACCAUCAAUACGUGGCGUAUGAGCACAGAUUCGAUCAGCUUCAGGGUAUCGAGGGCUCGAUGGAGGAUAAGAUCGCUCAUCCGGCUCGAUCGGGGUCGGACUCAAGGACUGGCCCGCCAGGUGCAGGUAUCAGCAGUAAAACACCAGGUGCCUUGCAGCUCAAAGCCCUUACUGAUGUGCCGAAAGACCUCGAGAAGAAGUCCACCGAUCUCAAGGAUAUCGUCAAGGGCGCCCUUGGGGAAAAGACCAAGACAGAGCAGGCAAAUGCCGAGAAAGCCGAGCUUCGUCGAUGGGCUGUUGAAGCGAAUCAGGCUCAGGCAGAUCGACAAGGACAAGGAAAGCCGACCCUCCAUAGGCAGGAGACCUUGACUGAGGAGAAAGCCGGGUUGCCGACUGUACACGAAGGGUCCACGCUCAAUGAAGAGGGUAUUGGUGAAAUUGACGAGGACAGUCUAGGCAAUGAUGUGGCCGAUGGGAGCCCGAGCACAGCAACGGCAGUGGAAAAGGAGAAGUUGUCGGUCAACGGAACGCCUCCGGCUGCGAGCGGUCCAUUUGUCGGAUACUCGGACGCCAUGAACCAUAAUGUUGCUGCUGCGGCGGCUGGAGGCGCGGGCACGACGCGCAGACGACGGAGAGCUACUACUAGGUCUAGUAGGCGCGAAUUCAGCGCGAGCGAUGACAUUCUCAGCGUCGAGGAGGCGGAGGAGUUGUUGGGUUGUGUGCAAGGGCAUCUGGUCAUCUGGCCUUAUGAUUGGUUGGAGAAAGUCGAGGCUGGAAGUAAUUGGUUGUUUCCUUUCGACCAGAUCAGCCCGAUUGAAAUCUAUAUCUGAUCGAUCAGCAACAAUAUCAGCCCGCACGACGAGGUGGCACAGAGCAUUGCAUGCAGCACAGCAUACGUUGCAAUAAAGUCUAAUGCAUACCACAUACAUCCUCAUCGACGACGCAACGAGCAGUUCGCAACAGGAAUUUCGCAGGGAGAAGGUCGUGUUUGUUUAAAGAGUUACGUUCAGCAUCGUGGGUGAUGAUUGGGCCAGUGGGAGAAGAGAACCAGAGUCGAGUCGGGGGUCCGGUUCAGAUGCAGAUCGAUGGGAGUUUUUCAUUGUUUUUGUCACGGCCGACCUAGAACAAGAAAGAAUAGGAGCAAGAGCGAGCAUAGUCCAUAUUCCUUUUCGGUUGCCGCGCGUGUACGUAUUAUUGCGUGGUCUCUGCAUUUGGGCGAGAACAGGAACGCAUCGAUCUCGCUUUGGGUUUUUUUGGAGGGGGUGGUCGAUAUACACGCACACCGACAGCGUAUAUUUCGUGUAGGGCAUAUCAUUAGGUAUCUGUAUAUUCUUCAUUGUCGGAU